AUGGGUUCCCUCGCUCUGCCCACCAACUACCAGCACGUCGUGGUCCGCGGACCGCCGUAUGAGCGCGGCCUCUCGCACGGGCAGCAGGCGCGGGAGAAGAUCCUCGCCAGCCUCGAGCACUACAGCCAGCCAGGCAAGCUGCUGCCAUGGGACAUGUGCCAGCGCAUCAUCCACGAGGUGUACAUCCCCGGCGUGGAAAAGUUCUUCCCCGAGGCGCUGCCCGAGAUGCAGGGCAUCGCGGACGGCGCGGGCGUGGACCUCGAGAAGAUUGUCCUCCUCAACGCGCGGUACGACCUGGCGCGCGUCCGCGGCGCGGGCAUUCGUGCUUGUCCGUCCGACAGCGUGGAGGAGGCGUCGUCUAUCCCCUCGCAGCCUGAGAUCGCCGCACCUAUCGCCAGCGCCAUCGCCGUGGAGAGUCUCACGCAAGGCAUCAUGCCCAACGCCAACGGUUAUACCAACGGCCGUAGCACGAACGGCACCACAACCACCCAGCUUGUCGAUGACGAGUCCUCGCACGACCCCGCCCUCCAGGAAUGUACCGCCGCCGGCAUCCUCGCCGAGGCCACCACCUCAGGCUCCGUCUUGCUCGUCCAGAACUGGGACAUGUCCGCCAGCGUGUACACCAACGACACGGCCCUCCUGCUCGAGGUGCACCCCGACCCCAGCGAGGGCAUCCCCGCCAUGUUCCUCGUCACCGAGGCCGGGCAGCUGGGCCGCUCGGGCAUCAACGCCGCGGGGCUCGCCGUGUGCGCCUGCUCGCUCAUGUCCACCGAGGACUACUUCCCCCUCCUGGUCAACGAAGAGAAGCAGCAGCAGCAGCAGCAGAAGCAGAAGCAGAAGCAGGCGCCGCUGCUGCCCAUGACGCUCAUGCGCCGCCAGUUCCUCCACAACAUCAACUUCUCCAACGGCCUCAUCAACAUCCGCAACGCGCCGCGGCAUGUAUCCAACCGGCUCGUCGUCGGCACGGCGGACAACUUUGUGCUCAACAUGGAGGUCACGCCGUCGGCUGUGCAUCUCGCGUACCCGUACGCCACGUCCUCGACCUACACGCCCGUGGGGCACUACCCCUUCGUCGUGGGCGCGAACCACUUCGUCAACCCGGCGUUCCAUGCGAGCGGCUGGGCGGAUAGGAACCCGGGCGGGAGUACGUGGUUCCGCGAUGUGCGUGUCGCGCAGGGCUUGCGGCGACCGGCGGGUGUGAAGGGUGCGGUGGCGCGAAAGGUUAACACUGCGGAAGGGGAUGGUGAUGCGGGCGGUCUGCUCACGCCCGAGGAUGUGACGCAGGCGUUUUGCGAUCACCUCUCUGCGCCGUCGUCGGUGUGUCAGCACAUGGAAGACUGUACGGUGCGUGGCGUGCCCGACUACCCGUAUCGCGGGAGGCAGAUCACGCUGGCGCACGUCAGGUACGACUUGACGCGGAGGACGGCGACGGUUUGCAAAGGACCGCCUUGCAUGGGCGUGUUUCAAGAGUUUGCAAUCCCGCCUGUGGCUAACUGCUGA